AUGAAGAUCAUCGCCAUCGUCAUUCUUGGCAUGCUUGCCGGGGAACACCACGUCGCGGCCCGUCCCCCAUCUGCACCCUAUAUCGGAGAAGUCUCCUUUGAAUUCUAUCAGAAUCAAACUUUCGGAUUCAGAGGGCCCCUCAAGGAAGUGCUUGGAAAUGCUAAGUAUUACGACGCGCAGGUCACCAUCAGUUAUGUCUGCUCUGCUCCGAUUGCCUGGAGUUUCGGAAAAUGCGACAGAAACUACUACCGACAAGAUCGUGAGAGCUCGAAGGCGAGAAUUGUUUUCGACACUGCAGGCGUGGAUACUCUUCUCAAGUUGAUUGAAAUGGAGUGCUAUGAACCUGGAAAAGAUCAGGAAUAUAUCCAAUUCUACAUGUUCCCAACAGAGGAUUCCUUCACUAACUGCAGAUUUGCAGUGGCAAUUGCUGCGGAACCAAUCGACAUGGAAAACUUCACUCUUUUCCAUUUGCCAGGAUCCGCCCUCCACCUGUACGAGGAGAAGCCACCAAAAAUCGCCGAAACCGCCGAAACGUCCGAAGUCAGUGAUCGUCAUCUCCUUCUUCGUGGACUCAUCGCUAUUUCAUUCUUCAUCGUUGGAAUGUCAAUUCUCCUCACACAAUCGUGUUAA